AUGGCAGAAGCAUUUAAGGAACUCCUGAAUUGUAAGGAACCGGAGGAAAUUUUGGAAAUCAACACUAAUACUCCAAUAAAAACCAAACCUGUAAAUAUUAACCCCCCUACAGUAAAAGAAGUGGAAACUGUACUUAAAGAAUUGAAGAACUACAAAGCAGGUGGUGAAGACCAAAUGUUUGCAGAGGUGUGGAAGUAUGCUGGAUUUGGAGGUGGUGGAGAUUUCCUGAGUGAAGAGAUAACACCUGAAGUGAUGCGUAAAAACAUGACAGAGGCAGAGUGGGCCAAGAUAUACGACAUGAACCGGGACAAGAAGCUGUACUCUAACCUAACAAACAGCCUCUUCCCCUCUAUCCACGGCAACGACCAGAUCAAAAAAGGAAUACUUCUAAUGAUGUUUGGAGGAGUGCCAAAGACAACAACAGAAGGAACAACACUCAGAGGGGACCUCAACUGUUGUAUUGUGGGAGAUCCGAGCACAGCCAAGUCACAAUUCCUCAAACAGGUGGCUGACAUGAGCCCGCGCGCUGUUUAUACGUCAGGCAAAGCAUCGAGUGCGGCGGGUCUUACAGCUGCCGUUGUCAAAGAUGAAGAGUCAUUUGACUUUGUGAUAGAAGCUGGAGCUCUCAUGUUGGCCGAUAAUGGAGUCUGUUGCAUUGACGAGUUUGACAAGAUGGAUCCCAGGGAUCAAGUGGCCAUUCAUGAAGCCAUGGAGCAACAGACAAUCUCCAUUGCAAAGGCUGGAGUGAGAGCCACACUGAAUGCCAGGACAUCAAUACUGGCUGCUGCUAAUCCCAUCGGAGGACGCUACGAUCGUUCAAAAUCCCUCCAACAGAAUAUUCAACUGUCUGCCCCCAUCAUGUCACGGUUUGAUCUGUUCUUCGUACUUAUCGAUGAAUGUAAUGAGGUCCUGGACUAUGCAAUCGCUCGCAAGAUUGUCUCACUACACAAUAAUGUGGAUGAAUCUGCAGAAAGAGUUUAUACUCAAGAGGAGGUUCUACGAUAUAUUGCUUUUGCUCGUCAGUUCAAACCAAUUAUAAGCCAGCAUCAACUUUUGCUGGUGGAGGUGUACACGCAGUUACGCCAGCGCGAUGCUACGGCCAGCAGCAAGAACACAUGGCGCAUCACAGUGCGCCAGUUGGAGAGCCUGAUCCGUCUGUCUGAGGCCAUGGCCAAGAUGGAGUGUUUGGACGAGGUGCUGGCAAGACAUGUGACUGAGGCAUACAAGCUUCUCAAUAGAUCCAUUAUACGAGUAGAACAACCCGAUGUAUAUCUGGAUGAGGAGGAGACGGAGGCAGAGGAUGCAGGUCUGGCAGCACAACCUCAAGAUCAAGAAAUGGCAGAUGCCAGUGAACCUGUUGCAACUGAUGCAUCUCAACAGAAGAAGAAACUGAAGUUGUCAUUUGACGAAUACAAGUCUAUUGCCAACAUGUUGGUCACCUAUGUUCGAAAUGAAGAGGAUAAAUCUGAUUCAGAAGGUAUCAGGAGAAGUGAUGUUGUCAACUGGUAUCUAGAGAAAAUCUCAGAUCAGAUUGACACUGAAGAGGAACUGGUUGAAAAGAAAGCCUUGAUUGAAAAAAUUAUUGACAGACUCAUAUUCCAUGAUCAAGUCAUCAUUCCAUUGACGUCGUCAAAAGCCAAAAGUGAUGAGACAGAAGAGGAGGACCCGCUCCUGGUUGUUCACCCAAAUUACGUUGUAGAUAUCUAGUGUUUCAAUUGGUGAUUUUUCACAAACUGUAAAUAUACAUUAUGUUUUUAUAAA